GCUUGCUUAAAGAGGGCAGAGAAAAUCGCCAUCAGCGGCCGCCGUGUUCGUUCUCCGCCGGCUAGGUUGGGCCUCUGGGGUGUUCCGUGUUCCUGCGGGCGACCUCUUCCCCUCCCUUGCUAUUUAUCGAUCCCAUCGGUGGGGAGUCCGCCCCCCUCCACCGGCCCCUCUUCUCCCCUCCUUGCGCGCGCAUACUAGCCACUGUUUACCCCCUGAGGAGUGUAGCGUGAGGUGUGUGUGGCGGCAGUCGGUCGUGUAUUAAACUCCGCUGCAGAGUGAGCGAGUGAGUGUGUGCGUGACCCGUGCCAUCCAGCCACCUCCCUCACGCCGGCACUGGCCACUCCCACGCCCCCGCCACCUUCAGCGCGGCCACUCGCUCUCUCCCUCAGUGACUACUCCGCUACUCACUCCGCCAGUUGUACACAUGACUGGCUCCGUCUGAGUGGUGAGUAAGGAGGAGCGACGAGUGCCAAGUGCCGAGGAAGGGGAGCAGAGGCGUGUUGCUGGUCGGGUCUGGCUUCCGUGCGUGUCGUUUGAGAGGUUCGAGUCGUGUGGGCGUUGACCGCGGCAGUGCGCCCAUCCCACCCCCGGCCUACAGCACUGUGACGCAUCUGUCGGCCCCCGGUGCCUGACUUCAAACCGCAUUCCAUAGCAUUCCACUUGCAAGCGUUUACCCGCCGUGCUUGCUAAUGAUAAAGUAGCAAAGCGGGUCAUGCCUUCGUGGUCGUCCUGGCUACCCGUGAAGGACGCAGCGGAACUUUGAACCCCGUCAGGCUGGACCAACACACCCCUCAACUGAGCCCCGAGGUGACCAAUGAAGGGUGGAAGUGACCUAGUGACGGAGGGGAACAGCGAGACGUCGUGGUAGGAUGGAGGACCAGACAGCCACCCCAGGGACCCCGCCGCCGACCCUCUCCAACACGACCAUCGCCUCCGCCGCCGCCUCCACCAACGCAACCAAACGCCACGAUGAGGGAGGAGAGGCGGAGACUUCAGUUCGGAGGAGGAGAGUUGUGUCGACGGCGAGACUUACUUUGUCGGCUGCAAGUCGACUCCUGCGCCGCAAGAUCCCCCAAAGCGGCCACCUGAUGCUGCCGAAGAGGAUGUGGAUGCAGACCGUCCCGACCCAGGACUGCGAGGUGGUGGUAGUGCUGGCGGCGGGCACGAGGGAGGCGACGCUGCACUGGCUCCUGACGCGCCUCAAGACACGCCUGCCGGAGGUCACCGUCUGCGUCAAGAACCACGCGGCCACCAACUCCUACGCCCUCUACCUCUCGGCCUCCUACGACGGGCUGAUCAAGGGAGGGGAGGAGAUGUGCCUGGUGAAGCGCACGAAGCCUGAGUACGGAGGCGGCCUGAGGGAGCUGUCACACGCCGAGCUGGGCAUGUUCCAGGGCGUGGAGGACGGGGCCACGUUCUUCAGCACACUGGAGCGCCAAAGCAUCGUCCUGUACCUCCUCCACUCCCUGCGGGCUGGCCAGGGGGAGGACGUCCAGGACACAGUCUUCAGGGAGGGGGAGCCCAUCAUUCCCAAGUUCCAGUCGGUGGGUCUGAUUCACGCCAUCCUGCCUCUACACGACUACAAGCGACUCGAGCACCUGAGAGCCACCUGGGUGCAGACCUUCUUCAGGUACCAGCCCAUAGAGGCCAUCCAGCAGUACUUCGGCUCCAAGAUCGCCAUAUACUUCGCCUGGCUGGGUCACUACACCACCGCCCUCACCGUGCCCGCCGUCAUUGGUCUCAUAUUCUGGGUGUGUCUGUGGGGGCGGGACCAGGCGCUAGAGGACAAGGGAUUCGUGCUGUUCGCGCUGCUCAACGUGGUCUGGGCCUCCAUGUGGCUCGAGGGCUGGAAGAGGCACAGCGCCGUGCUCGCCUACAACUGGGGCACCCUCGACACCUCCCAGUUUGAGCUGCUGGCUGAGGCUCGCCCGCAUUUCACUGAGCUGACCGUCCGGCUGGAUGUUCAGGGAGAAUUGCGUGUGAGCGGGGUGACGGGCCGCAUGGAGCCUGACUACCCCGCCUGGAGGAGGAACUUGACCCGCUACCUGGUGACGGUGCCGGUCGUCCUGUGCUGCCUCCUGGUGGUUUUCUUCGUCAUGCUCCUCAUCCUCCAGCUCCAGGACCUUUGCGACGCCUUCAUCACGGAGCACGAGUACACCUUCUACCUGUCCUACGCCCCCAAGGUGCUCAUGGCGCUCUCCAUAUCGGCCUUCGACGAGGGCUACACUAAGCUGGCCGUGUGGCUCAACGACCUGGAAAACUACCGAGUGGAGGAAACAUACCAGAACCACCUCAUCAUCAAGCUGGCAGUGUUUCGCUUCGUCAACUCGUUCUUGUCUCUCUUCUACAUCGCGUUCUACCUGCAGGACAUGGAGAGACUAAAAGAGCAACUGGCGGCGCUGCUCCUGACACGGCAGGUGGUGGGCAACAUCAAAGAGUCCUGCAUCCCAUAUCUCCUCGAGCAGUUCAAGUUGGCCAAAUUAAGCUUCGACCUGUACGGCGCGCUUUCCCCCUCCGAAGAGAACAAACAGCAGGAGUGGCCCCAGGAGAAGCCGCCGCCCCAGCCCGCAGCCAACGACACACAGCUGCUGGAGGAAGAAGAGGAGGAGGAGCAGGAACGAACCGGUGACAGCACGGAGGCGGGGACUGGAGAGGACGGUCCGGCGGAGAAGGCGGAGAAGGCGCGGAAGGUACGGGACGGCGGGGACCCCUGCCUCGCGCGGGGCUCCAGCAAAAACCGAAUCGUGAGCCAGGCCGAGGUGGAGUGCAACAUGUCUAGGUACGACGGCACCUUCGAGGACUACCUGGAGAUGUUCAUUCAGUUCGGUUACGUCACUCUCUUCUCGUCCGCCUUCCCGCUGGCCGCCACCUGCGCCUUCCUCAACAACCUCAUCGAGAUCCGCUCCGACGCCUUCAAGUUGUGCUGCGUCUUCCAACGACCUUUCGGCAACCGCGCACAGAGCAUCGGCGUGUGGCAGGACGCCAUGGAGCUGAUGGGCGUGCUGGGAAUCAUCGUAAACUGUAUUCUGAUCGGCCUCUCCGGACAGGUGCACCGAAUGUUCCCUCACAUGUCCACCGCCCAGACCAUUGUGCUCAUCGUGGUGUUGGAGCACAUCAUGAUCGCCCUCAAGUACGGGAUCAGCUACGCCAUCCCGGACAUCCCCGAGUGGGUGGCGACGGAGAUGGCCAAGGUGGAGUUUCAGCGGCGCGAGGCUCUCCGGAGACUGUCCACCUCGAACUCCCCACCCACCCGCGAAGACUCCCAGCCCCCCUCCCCCAGCCAAUCGACAAAACGAAGCAGACCGAGCAGCUUCGCCAAAAAUAUUCCAUGUAAGUACCUGUUUGGCCACUCGCUGUCGUCGACGGAGUACGUGGACCGAAGCGUUCAGACCGACGUGAUAUACUACCGCCGACGCUCCUUCAAGACCUCCCCGACCAGCACUAUUGACGAGGACGAGGUGCUGUCGCCCUCAGAUUCCGACAGCAAACGGGAGAGUCUUAGCGAGAGCGGCGAGCACGACGAGCUGAAAGACGACGACCCGACACGAGCGUCGGUGAGGCUGGGGCGGAGUGUGUCUGCGUGCGAGCGCGCGCGGCAACGGGUGCCUCGCGUCAACAGGAUCAGGAACCAAGAAAGCUACGAGUCCAACGAUUCCGAGGAGGACGCCGUGCCCAAGGCCUUCGACAGCCUGCCCAUGUUGUCAGCACCCGCCACUGUCGACAAGAAGAACAGGUUAUUCAGGUUUUCCCCCGAGAACGAGAGCGCCCUGGGCCAGAUGAAACCCAGAUCCAGACUCCUGGAGAGACCCGAGUUCGCUCAGUUCUCGUCACGGUCAGCUGAGUGUGUUGCUGACCCCUCCCUGCACAGCCGCUACACUGACGACUCCACAGGUCACAUCAGCGAAGAGGGCACGCCGGAGGACAGCCUAGCCAGCAGGACGCCCACGCCCUCCAGCGAAGACCAAACCAAGCUGGCCACCAGCACCCCGCCCACGCCGCAGGCCGAGGCGGCAUCGCUGCCCACUCCCACUACCAUGGAGCGCAAGGAGUUGCCUGCGCCGCGUAAGAAACCCCAAAUGAAGUUCCUGAAGCGAGCUCAGAGUCUUUCUUAUGUGUUUAAGAGAAACACAAAGCCGCCCGACAAGAGGAAGAAAAUCAUAGCAGACGACUUUGCGGCGCUAAUGGCCCCGGGGGAGGCACAAGGAGAGAUGUCGCUGGUGCCCCUCGAGAAGCUGGUGGCCAUCGACGACAUCCAGAUGCAGCCGUCGCUCUCCAGCUACAACGUGUACACGGAGUGAUCUGCACCACUGUUCCUCACUCUACCAAGUUUCAGACAUCCCACCCACCCUCCCCUUAGCCUUCCCUGCCUCGCCCCCUCCCACUCCCCACCCGCCCUCCACCUCGCCCUCACCCUGGCCCCUCACUGUCCCUAGCACCAAAGUAAGUAAACCACGUAGUCAGCCACAUUCUCAGUGUUUGGUGACGACAGGACGUGUACGUGCGAAUGGCAGAGGGUUGUAACAGUCACUUAGAACAGAGCGGUAGGAAGAAGACGAGUCAUCUUAGCAUAGUGAAUGUUUUACUGGCAUAUCGAAGCGUUGAGUCGGAGGAGACCGACGUACUGGCGACAAGCUGCUGACGACAGAGGGAGUGGGGCUGAGACGUGCCUGUGCGGGGGUGUACCUGUGCUGGGAGUGCGUGCGUGUGCGUGUGCGUGUGCGUGCGUCCACCCCGGGCCUCGGUACAUGCAUUAGCGUAAAAACAUGAUUAAGCUCCUCCGUGUCGCUCUGUCAAUAAUGCCUUAAUAAUGGACUUUUGUUGCUAGGUGGUUGUUAGAUCGUGUUACCAUAGCGUAGAGGCGCGGCUCAGGUUAACGCAUUACACGUGCAAGUGACUUUUUUGUAUUCUUCAAGGUUCUCGCGGCGUCACAGGUGCACGCUAAUGGCUGGGGGCGUGGAGGGCGCGUCGUGCCGGACCCUCGACAGCGAAGGUCCUCUUGAUGCACCGCUACGGGCCAUGACAUCGAUCCACCUUCCUCUAGACUCAUGAAUUAAUAGCCUUUCACGUGCGAUAGGUUUUCUCUCCUCUCCCUAAUCCACUCUUCUUGACUCUACUAAAAAAGAGAAAGGAAGACGAAAGGAAAGAAAGGGAAGGUUAAUUGAAGGGAGAAAAGGGAGAAGGGGAGGAGGAUUAAAGUAAGGACACUGAAGAGAGAAAAGGUAGAACGGGAGGAGGGGUUGAGUAGAGGAGAGAACUGAGAAUGAAGGAGGAAGAGAAGGGAGGCAGAGGAGAGAGGUAUUAUGAGUUUAGUGUAAGGUGCUGCGAUACUCUUGCCCCGGAAUCUACAUCAAGAGGCCUCCGUUUGUCUGUCUGUCUGUAUGCGUCUGGCGGAGUGGUGGUGUUCGUCGCCCGAGAGAGAGCAAGAGAGAGAGAGAAAGAGAGAGAGAGAGAGAGAAAGAGAGAGAGAGAAAGAGAGAGAGAGAGAACCAACCGUGAUCCAGCCUGCUUCUGCUUGCUAACGUCGUGUGCAUGUGCGUGUAUGUGCGUGUGCGUGUGCAUGUGCGUGUGCGUGCGUGUGUGUGAGUGUGUGUAAGAGCGUUAGUGAGGAAGCUUUACGUGUGAUAGAAGUGAUAUAGAUGAGGAAGAGCUAAGACAAACUAGUUGAAUACUUCAUGUGCUCGUCGAACUUUUCGCCACAAAUUCCUUCCUUUCACCCGCGAACGUAGCCGCCGGAGCAGGAGUCACGUGUGGAGGAGUCUUGCAUGUCCUCGUAGGCCUAAGCCAGUUACCAGACGCCUAACCAACACUCGGCAAGCUCCAGAUGUCUGUAGCCUAAAAAAAAAAACUCGCUAUGCACUUCACCUCAUCAUAACGAUCCUGGCUUUUUUUUUCAGUUGUUGAUUUAGUUACUCCUUCUGCCCACAAUAGCUGCUGCGUCAGUCAGUUAGUCAGUUUAGUCAGUCAGUCAGUCAGUCACCAGAGGCUUAUUUUUUCUCACUCACGUUAAGAAAGUAUAAUGAGGCAAAGACUCUCCCAGCGACAGUUAUUGAUGUUAAUAUUUUCAUAGUUUCCGUUCGUCAUUUCUAGGAGCAAGGUGUUUCAGAGAGGAAAAGAGAAGUGAAUAGCUACGUAAUAACAUCGUGUCAGCUACAAUAACAAAAUGAAGAACGUACGCAAGGGGAUAAUUGCACGAGAGUAUCAAGCCUUUAAAAGAACGAGGAUUUAAGUAUUACCAUUGUCUUUAUAUUCAUUUACUACUGUUCAAAGUUACACAACAAGUCUUUCUCUUUAACUUUGUCUCCGUUUUCCAUUGAAUUUGCCUGUUUGUUGUGGCCGUGAGAGUAGCCACACACACACACACACACAUACACACACACACACACACACACACACACACACACACACACACACACACACACACGAGGUAACUCUUCAUCCCACGUUCACACAAGGGCGGCGGCUUCCAACUGUUAAUAUGAUAAAAAGACAAACCAACCAACAAACAAACACACAACCGUUAUCCUUAUUCCCCCGGGCAGCAAGAUCCUCUCCUGUCCUGUUACCAUUGUUGUUUGAUUCCGUACGAAGGUCUUUAAUCCUUUGUUUUGCUCUCCUCCCAUGCGAUCCGAAUCCUUGCAACACUCUCUCGGUGAUGCUCUUUUGUCUUUCCCGAUGUGGAGUAAGAGGAUCGGAUUCUAAAUGCACACAUGUUUAGUCUUGCACAGGAGGAGUAGGAGGUGGAGGUGAGAGGGACGAAGAGGAGGAGGAGGAGGAGGAGGAAGAGGAGGAGGAUAUUAGGAGGAGGAGGAGGAGUACAAUGAGGUGUGCAAAGGGUGAGUCAAAUAAUGGGAGUGAACUGGAACCGUUUCGUUCAUUUUAUCGAUUUCAUUACCAUGUGAAUACACUGUGAAGUCAUACACAUGAAUAUUGUUAACUGAAAACUAUAAAAAUAAACACUAAAAAAAUGAAUAAAAAAUAAAUUACGAUAUGUC